GGCGGAAGCGUGAGGGACCGAGCAGGGACCAGCGGCUGGCGGCGGCGGGAGCGGGGCUGGCGCCGCAGGAGCAGACGUGCCGCAGGGCGGGGGACACGGCUGUCACCACGGAGUCCGCCAGUAGCAACACCGCGGCGGCCACCGCCGCUUCGCGGGCCGCGGGCGCCGGGGACCAGGCAACCUCACUACCCCCGCCCAGGAUGCAGCGCAGGAAGAGGAACGCGGGCAGCAGCUCGGAUGGGACGGAGGACUCGGAUUUCUCCACGGACCCCGAGCACACGGACAGCUCUGAGAGCGACGGCACCUCCCGGAGAUCCGCCCGCGUCACUCGCUCCUCGGCCCGCCUCAGCCAGAGCUCACAGGACUCCAGCCCGGUGCGCAGCGCGGCGCCGUUCGGGCCGGACGAGCCGGUGUACUCCACGCGCAGGGUGACCCGCAGCCAGCAGCAGCCAGCUCCUGUCACCCCCAAGAAAUACCCGCUGCGCCAGACCCGCUCCUCGGGCUCCGAGACCGAGCAGGCCGUGGACUUCUCGGACAGAGACACCAAGAACGCGGCCGAGCACGACGAGUCCCCGCCGCGCACGCCCACGGGCAACGCGCCCUCCUCGGAGUCGGACAUCGACAUCUCCAGCCCCAACGUGUCCCACGACGAGAGCCUGGCCAAGGACAUGUCCCUGAAGGACUCGGGCAGCGACCUCUCGCACCGGCCCAAGCGCCGCCGCUUCCACGAGAGCUACAACUUCAACAUGAAGUGUCCCACGCCCGGCUGCAACUCCCUGGGACACCUGACCGGGAAGCACGAGCGCCACUUCUCCAUCUCGGGGUGCCCUCUGUACCACAACCUCUCAGCAGAUGAGUGCAAGGUGCGAGCACAGAGCCGGGACAAGCAGAUUGAGGAGCGGAUGCUGGCCCACAGGCAGGAUGACAACAACAGGCACGCCACCAGGCACCAGGCCCCCACAGAGAGGCAGCUGCGCUACAAGGAGAAGGUGGCUGAGCUCAGGAAGAAGAGGAACUCGGGGCUCAGCAAGGAGCAGAAGGAGAAAUACAUGGAGCACAGGCAGACCUAUGGCAACACCAGGGAGCCUCUCCUGGAGAACCUGACCAGCGAGUACGACCUGGAGCUGUUCCGCAGGGCCCAGGCGCGCGCCUCCGAGGACCUGGAGAAGCUGAGGCUGCAGGGGCAGAUCACCGAGGGCAGCAACAUGAUCAAGACCAUCGCGUUCGGGCGCUACGAGCUGGACACGUGGUACCACUCGCCCUACCCCGAGGAGUACGCGCGCCUCGGCCGCCUCUACAUGUGCGAGUUCUGCCUCAAGUACAUGAAGAGCCAGACCAUCCUGCGCAGGCACAUGGCCAAGUGUGUCUGGAAGCACCCGCCGGGGGACGAGAUCUACCGCAAGGGCUCCAUCUCUGUCUUCGAGGUGGAUGGCAAGAAAAACAAGAUCUACUGUCAGAACCUGUGUCUGCUGGCAAAGCUUUUCCUGGACCACAAAACCCUCUAUUAUGAUGUGGAACCCUUCCUCUUCUACGUCAUGACAGAGGCUGACAACACUGGCUGCCACCUGAUUGGGUAUUUCUCCAAGGAGAAGAAUUCCUUCCUCAACUACAACGUGUCCUGCAUCCUGACCAUGCCCCAGUACAUGAGACAAGGCUAUGGCAAAAUGCUCAUUGACUUCAGCUAUUUGCUGUCUAAGGUAGAGGAGAAGGUUGGCUCCCCAGAGCGUCCCCUGUCCGACCUGGGCCUGAUCAGCUACAGGAGCUACUGGAAGGAGGUUCUGCUGCGGUACCUGCACAACUUCCAGGGCAAGGAGAUCUCCAUCAAAGAGAUCAGCCAGGAGACCGCUGUGAACCCCGUGGACAUCGUCAGCACCCUGCAGGCCCUGCAGAUGCUCAAGUACUGGAAGGGCAAACACCUGGUCCUCAAGAGACAGGACCUGAUUGAUGAGUGGAUCGCCAAGGAGGCCAAGAGGUCCAACAGCAACAAGACCAUGGAUCCCAGCUGCCUCAAGUGGACCCCUCCCAAGGGCACCUAGGUGUCCCCAGC